AUGGCUUAUACCGGUAUCGCGGCAACUCUUUUACCUAACGGAAGAACAGUUCACAAAACAUUUUGCUUAGCUGUCCCAAUGUUCCCCGAUUCAUCUUCAAACAUUAAAGCUAAUUCAAAUCAAGGAAGAUACGCUUUAGAGAUAAUCGACAGAACGCUCCGACAUAUUAUGAAUAUUGACAUACCAUUUGGUGGUAAGAUGAUGAUAUUAGGAGGAGAUUUUCGUCAACUUCUUCCUGUUUUGACCCAUGCAACUCGAAGUGAAAUGUUCUUGCUAGAUGUGGGCGAUGGCAAAUCUAAUGAUGCAAAUGACGACCUUCUUCUACCGGACGCAUGCCCGGUUUCUGAAGCUAAUAAUAUCAUUGAAUAUCUAGUUGGAAACAUUAUUAGAACGCAGCGUUUUAACGAACUUACCAAGUCAGUUAUUUUAUCCGCAAGAAAUAUUGAUGUUGACAUUAUCAAUGAACAAGUAGUUGAACUUCUAAAUAAAACUACUGAAAAAAUUAAUACGGCUAUCGAUAGCACUGAUAAUUGUGAUAAUGGAGACAUGACCGACGCGAUUUUGCCAGAAUAUCUCAAUACUUCAAAUCCACAAAAUUUUCCUCCUCACGAACUGUGCUUGCGAAAAAAUACUGUAGUGAUGUUGAUAAGAAAUUUGAACUUAAGUGAAGGAUUGUGCAAUGGAACGAGGUUGAUGGUACUGGACUUAUCAACUAAUGUUUUGCGAUGCAAUAUAUUGACGGGGGAUAAGGCUGGAGAAAUUGUUUUUAUUAAUCGUGUAACACUAUAUUGUGAUAAUGUUAACCCUUUUACAUUUAAAAGACGACAAUUUCCAAUAAAAAUUGCAUUUUGCAUGACCAUAAAUAAAUCUCAGGGUCAGACAUUUAAUAGAAUAGCCGUUGAUCUCUCAAAAAAAGUAUUCAAUCAUGGUCAAUUAUACGUAGCCUUAUCUAGAGUUCGUUCUUGGCAAUCAUUACAUUUGUAUUUAAGUAGUGAGAAAGUGGAAAAUUCUGUAAAGAACUUCGUAUUUAAGGAAUUGUAUUCUUGA